GGCACUCGCGUUCGGUUCAUCUGGAUUCUUUUCCCCACGUCCAAAUCAAGCUUAAUAUUCACCACAAAGUAUCGGAAUCGUUUUAAACCAACUUUUAAGCAUAAUGAAGACGUUUCUGAAUCUGUGAACUUCGCCGAUGGAGGAGAAGGCGCUCGGCAUCGCCCCGCCUUCGUUGGCCGUGGUGCUGCGGAGGGUGAGCGGCCGCGGCGAGAAGGACGCGUCGGUGGCGGAGGGCCAGCGGGUGUUCGCCGACUUUAAGGCCACUAACAUGCGGCAUUACUGGAACCGGGCGCUGACCCGGGCCAUGGCGGAGGUCCUGUUCCUGGGCUGGCUCGACGAGCACGUGUUGCUCAUUCGGGGACGCGAACGUCACCUUCAGGUGCUGAGGAACGGAUGGAUGAGGAGAACCUUGAAGGCACCUCCGGGUUUUCGCAUCGCCUCACUAGGUGACGUGUCGCCCAUCGGCAUGUCGCCCAUCAGCCAGUCGCAGUUCAUCCCGCUGGGCGAGAUCCUCUGCCUGGCCGUGUCGGCCAUGAACGCCGCGCACAAGCCCGUCAGCCAGGAGGCGCUGGUGGAGCACCUCGCCGCCAGCUUCCCAGGCGUGCCGACACCCAGCCUGGAAGUUCUGCGCCACACCCUGAACAUGCUGGUUCGAGAACGAAAGAUCUACCCGACACCGGAGGGCUACUUCAUCGUCACGCCCCAGACCUACUUCAUCACGCCCUCCCUCAUCCGAAGCAACAACAAGUGGUACCACCUGGACGACCGGCUGCAGGAGCGACAAGCGCACCCCCGGGCGCCGUGCGCCUCGCCCAAGCCCUCAGAGAGGCCCCCUCGCAAGAAUCACAACGACUCCUACGCCCCCCGGUGCGAGGAGCCGCCCGGGCCUCCGGGCAAGACGCCCAAGGAGCAGCAGAAGUCCGAGCCCCGACCGAGCAAGACCCCCAAGGACGGAGAACCUCCGGAGCGCCGCGGAGAGCCGCCGUCCUACCCCUACCCACCUCGUCUGGCCUCCCCCCCUGUCCAGCCGGCGCCCCAAGACCCGUCAGACAAGAACAAAAGCGUCCCGUCCUUCCCGUACAAAACGGACACCCUGACCAAAAAGAAAGAGGGGAACGCCGGCGGCGAGAAACAAUCCAAGCGCUUCGGUCUGCGGCUCUUCCGCCUGAGCUUUAAGAAGGACAAGAUGAGACAGCUGGCCACUUUCUCGGCGCAGUUCCCACCGGAGGAGUGGCCGCUGCGCGACGAGGACGCGCCGGCCACCGCGCCCGUCCCCCGCGAGAUCGAGAUGGAGAUCAUCCGACGGAUCAACCCCGACCUGACAGUGGAGAACGUGGCCCGCCACACGGCCGUCAUGAAGCGGCUGGAGGAAGAGCGCGCGCAGAAACACAAGGCCGGCUCGUCGGCGCAGCACAGCGCCCGCGGCCGGAGGGGGCGGGGCCACCGGCGGGCCCCGCACGGUAAGUCCCGCUCGCACAGCAAGCCGCGGACUUCCCGGGGGGAGCCUUCGGAGGGCUCCAACUGGGAUCUCCUUUUCAUGGAAAGGGACUACCGGUUCUUCAGCCACUCUUUGGUGCGCUCCCCCCGGGAGGCGGCGUACACACUGGAGCGGCGGCGGAGCGGGGGCGCCGCUUACCUGGUCCACAGCAACCCCAACAUCACCGAGUCGUACUGCCCCGUCACGCCCGAGUGGGACGUUUCCGGGGAACUGGCCAAGCGGCGGACGGAGAUGCCCUUUCCGGAACCCUCGCGGGGAACCUGCCAGUCCCGGGUGCAGAGGAGCCACAGUCACAAUCAGGACCGGAAGUCGCGUCACGAGCGCUCGGACCGGGCCAAGGAGCGCUCGCGCUCUAUGGACAACUCCCUCAAAGGGCCGAGCGAGGACUUCGAGGCUGGGCCGGAGGAACGCGGGCACUACUACACGGACGACGGCACCCUGCGCGCCACGCAGAAGUCGGGCCACUACUCGAGGAUCGUCUUCUCCGCUGCUAAGUUCCACUCGGAUUUCAAUGUGCCUGAUUUGGGGAAAGGGAGCGCGGACGAGUUGAGGAACAAGAGCAGGGACAGCCUACCCACGUACAACGAGCUCAUGGGACUUUCUCCCAAGCCCUCGGCCGACGAGUACUUCCAGUGCAAUACGUCGAACGAAACAAUCCUAACCGCCCCCUCGCCUCAGGCAAAAUCGGAAUAUGACACCUUGACCUCAUCGGGAGGACGGCGGAAGGGCUCUCCGGCGGAGCGCCAGACGCCUCGCCUCGCCUCUCCGCACAAGGAGGACUCGGCGGCGGCCAAGGGACAGAGCGGCGGGGGCGGCUCGGCGCGCCAGACGCCGGAGCCUUCGCAGAGCACCCGCCUGACGCCGCACCAACACAACGUGGACCCCGGCGGAGGCCUGUCCCUCAAAAGGAAGGAAAUCUUCAGCAAAGACACCUUGUUCAAACCGCCGCACAACGCCUACGCGGACGGCGGCUACGGCAAGUCCGGCACGUUGCGGAAAGCCUCGCACGGCAAAUCCGCCGAGGCCCUUGACAAUCCCGAGCCACAGCAGCCUUCCGAUUCCGCCGCUUCGCCCGCGCUCUGCGCGGAGCCCGCCGUCCCCGCCGCCUCCUUCGACUACUACAACGUCUCGGAUGACGAGGAGGCGGAGGGGGACUCGCACAAAGACUCGGCCGAGGACGCCAAGGACCUCAGAGAAGCGGGCGGGAACGGAGGGAGCGGUGGGGGCACCGGCGGGGGCGGCGGUGGCACCGGCGGAGAGGGCACCAUAAAAUGGCUACUGGAACGAGAGAAGGAGCACGAUCUGCAGCGCAAACUGGAGACCAACCUAACCCUCCUCAGCCCCAAGGAGACGGAGAACAGCAGCAGCCAGAAGUCGGCCCACUCGGCGCGCUUGGACAGCAUGGACAGUAGCAGCGUCACCGUGGACAGCGGAUUCAACUCGCCCAGGACGCGCGAGAGCCUGGCGUCCAACACGUCCAGCAUCGUGGAGAGCAAUAGGCGUCAAAACCCGGCGUUGAGUCCCGGACACCACGUGGGCCCGGGCGCGGGGCUGCCCUUUACCUUCCGCGCCGCCCCGGAACCGCCGGCGCCGUCGCAGCCCGACAAACUCCAGAAGCCCGCCAACUGCCUGGCCUCCAUCACCAGCGUGUAGCCCACCGGGCGUAGGUACACAAACUGUUUGGAAACGGCACGAUUGAGUCCAAAGGCUGUCCUACAAAAUGCCUGAUUAAAAUGCGCUUGCUUCAAAAAGAUUUCCUACUCAGAGAUAGAUUAUUCAUCUGUCUCACAUCUGUCUCUCUCAUGUUGGAGGCCUUGUUCAGACAGACAGCCAAAAUCCAAUUUUUAGCCCAUCCAAAUUAAAACCAAAUGGCUCUUUUGUAAUCUGAACAGUCCCAAUCUGAUUUUUGCGAAACGGUUUAAAAACCACAUUCGAUUCAUAUCCGAUAUGGACAAGAUGCUUCUCAGUCCAAACAGCUCAUUUGGGUGUUGACCAUCAGGCUUCGUUGCCACACAAACCUGUCACAGUGUGUCAAUAAUGUGACCCAGUCUGAACAGGAUCAGAUCUGUUUUGGACACUUGCUAGAAAUAGUGUGAACAGUCAACCCUAAAAUUCAGAUUUGAGGAGAAAACCCAAUUGGAAUCACAUAUGCCUGCAGUCUGAACGCACUAUUUCCCAAUAUCUAUAGAAACUGAUCCCCAAAUUCCUCCAAAUCAACAGGAAGUGAACCAAAAAUGAUAUUUUUCGUGAUAUUUUUAAAACUUGUAAAACCACUACCACUCUAAAACGUGGAAGAAUGACGAGUAUUGAGCAAAGUGCAUUGAAAACGUCAUCAGAAUGCCCGGCGCCUUUGUGCAACCCGAGCUGUUUGUGUACCUACACCGUCGGGGUGCGUCGAGCACUCAUUUUUGUUUUGUUUUUUUUUGCUUUUUUCCAUUCUUCUGGUGUCUCACACAUGCACACACCUUGGGAAUCUAACAGGACUGUUACAAACCACGGAAAACAAAACAGGCAUGGCUUCUAGAGACUGUUCUUCGACGAGAACUUGACUGCAAAAAAACAAAAAAAAAAACAAAAAAAAAAGAAAGAAAUGGUAAUAAUAAGAGGAGACUUCUUGGGCGACUUGUAUGGGAAUUUACCGGUUAGUAGAGUCUAGGAUUGCAGCUUUUUCGAUCACCUCAUGUCCAAUUGGGUGUUGUUCUUCUCGAACGAAGCGAGGCUCGGCGGACGGGUUAGCACAAUGUGGAGAGCGCCAAAAGAAGAAAGAUUAGAAAUCAGCUGCGGUUUGUGUGGCGCAAUGCAAACCAUGUAAUGUAUACUCCAUACUUUUGAUAUUUAAUUAUUAUAAUGGUGGUAUUAAAGAUGCUAUGUGACCAAAAAGCAGGUUUGGAUAAAAUGGCUGCCUAUCUUUUUUUUAAUGAUUAAUUUCAUGUACUUGCGUAUUCCCCCAUUGGUAUUUGAUAUACCGUAAUUUUUGGACUAUAAGCCGCUACUUUUUUCCUCCAUUUUGAAUCCUGGGGCAUAGACUUCAUAAAAUAUUGACGGGACACGGGACACUGACACUGCGCCACUCCUUUGGGUACGGGGCCUGCCCACACCUAGCAUCAAGGGGAGCUAUUCUCAAACACACACACGCAGCGAUGAAACGCCGGAUUUAGGUUGAAAAAGUACGAAAGCUGUACUGCAUACAAACAGGAAGGAUUGUCUCAGGAGUGAUUCAUUCGAGGAUUCAAGGUAAUUGUUAUAUUUUUCGUACCAUGCAUGCAUUUUGAAACAUGAAAAAAAAAUCAAUGGGAGAAUUUAGCCACUAUUUCACAAUAUUUAGAUAAAAUAAAUGCUAACUGCCCGUUUUUUUUGCUUUUAACCAAAAAUCGAGACUGUUUUACAUUCAUAUCUAUUAAAAAAAUCAGGAAUUCAAGCAUUUAUUCACAAGAAUUUACAUCGUAAAAAGCUCUUUGUUGUGAUAAGGCGGCGCCACAUUGGCUUAAAGACUAGCAUCACAGUCGACAUAUUCACGUAAAAUAAAUGCUAACUGUCCGUUUUUUUGCUUUUAACCAGGAAUCGAGACUGUCUUACGUUCAUAUCUAUAAAAUAAAAUUCAGGGAUUCAAGCAUUUUGGCCAGCUUUGACGGCGAUAGGCCCCCUAUGAAUCGGCCCUGUGUCCUGUCAGUAUAUUAUGAUGUCUAUGCCUGCAGCUUAUAGUACAGUACAGCUUAUUUUAUUUUAGUUUUUUUGGGUUAAUAGGUAUCACUUUAUUUGAAAGCGGCGUCAUAAGACUGUAUAAGACCGCCAUAAUUAUCACAUAGUAUUGACGUAUGUCAUUGACGUAGUGCAAACAUAUGGCACUUUUUUUUUUUAAAUGUCAAUUGUACUAUUUUUUAUGUCUAGCAACUAACUCGGGUUGCCAAAAGUAUCGUUACCUUACAUACAUCGAUUUUGAAAUCCCGCCUGUGCUUCAAAGUAGUCGACACUGCUUUGUUAUGUGGAUUGCCGCCACCUGCUGGACUCCAGUGGAACUGCGCUACUUGAAUCCUUACCUCCUACACGUAAAAGAGGCAGUGACCCACAAAAUAUUUUUUAUUUGACACGUCUUCCUGUUACAGUCCACUUGCAUCGGGGUCAAAUGUAGUAGUGACCAUACAAGAUUUAUUUUUAACCCACUGGCUGCCAUUGAUACCGAUACACAUCCAAUCCAAUUCAUACGGACUCUUCGGAUUUGGAUGUUUAUCGCUGUCAGUGACAUAUUUCAGAUGAUUUGGCCUUGAUGGAGGGGUCAUAUAUAGUUUUUCAUUGAUGUUUUGCA